AAGACCAGUUGACAAACGAGUUGGCAAAUACAGAGAUGCGAGUGUGACCCAAGAACUCACCGAUAUCUCUAAGUCUCGGUCCUCUGCUCUCCUCUCCUCUCCACCCCAUAACCAAAACCAAACCCCCCCUCCCCUUUCCACAAAUCCAAAAAAGAAAAAAAAAGAAAAAAGAAAAAAGAACCGAUUUUUCUCCAUUAGCAAUAAUCUAAUCUUAAUACAAUCCAAUCCACUUAUCGAGCAAGCCUCGACGCCAAAAUGCGCCGGGCUUUCUUCCCUGCGCCCCCUCUCUCUUCCUCAGUCGCCGUUGCGCUGUUGCAGAGCAGCUCCGUUUUUUAGCUUCUUUGUUUCUAUUAUUUUUCUUUUUUCUUUUUUGAUUUUUCGUUUUGGCGUUUGGGCUGGGUUGAAUCUUAAAUGGGGAUUAGGGUUUGGCAAACUGGGAUCGUGAUAUUGGUAUUAUGGGUCCGGCUAAUUUCUGCCGCCGAACCCACCUCUUGCCCGACGGAGUCCGUUACCGAUGCGAUCUUUGGCUUCCGGUAUUCCAGUUGUCCCGCUAACGGCGGUGCCAGAUCCGUUGAUUCCAUCGGUGUUAUCGUGGGAGAUGAGGUUUCAUUACAAAGGGCAUUAAAUAUGGUUCACAAGAAUACUCAUGAAUAUGUGGCAGUGCUAUUCUAUGCAUCAUGGUGCCCUUUCUCGAGGAUGUUUAAACCAACGUUUUCCAUCCUAGCUUCUUUGUAUCCAUCCAUCCCGCAUUUUGCAUUUGAAGAAUCUGCUAUCAGGCCAAGUAUACUCUCUAAGUAUGGAGUUCAUGGAUUUCCUACUAUUUUCAUUUUGAAUUCUACCAUGCGUGUUCGGUAUCAAGGCUCCCGGACUCCUGGUUCUCUUAUUGCUUUUUACAGUGAUAUUACUGGCAUCAAGACUGUAUUGGUGGACCAAUUGUCCCUGGAAAAGAUCGGAUACCCACUAAAUCAUGAGAAGCAUGGUAGCACUGAGCAAGAAAGCUGCCCUUUUUCAUGGGCUAGAUCUCCAGAGAACAUGCUUCGGCAAGAAACAUAUUUAGCUCUGGCCUCUGCUUUUGUGCUUCUGAGAUUGCUUUACUUCUUUUUCCCUACUCUACUUUCGUUUGCUCAAAGCGCAUGGAGACGGAAUAUCCGACACAUGAGAUUGGGGAGCUUGUUGGAGCACCCGUUGGCCUUUCUGAAGCGAGCAGUACAGUUAUUUAAUUCUCUAAAAGAGCCUUGCAAAAGGAGUAAUUUGCAGGAAGGAGCAAUGAACGCCAGGGUUUGGGCUUCCAAGUCACUUGCCACAGUUUCCAUUGGGGAUGCAAGCACCAGCAGGGGGUACAGCAGUGACUGAAUACCGUUGACGGUUAUCUGAACAGGUUUUGAUGAUCCUAUGAACGGCGAGGCUGCAGAAUGUGUUGUGCUAGAAACUUUCGGUAAUCAUCUCAACACCCCUUCAUUAGGGUGUUGUGCGACAGAGGUGAAACAUGUCGUUGUAUCUUGUUGU